UGCAGAUUACUUUCACAGCUGUUCCCCCCCCCCGAUGCAAGAUGUAAUGCUAAGCUACGCUAACUGCAUUGUAGCUUGGUAGUAACGGACAGGCCGGAAGUGAACGUGACUGACAGGUGAGCCGGCGGGUGAGAGGUCGCGUGAGGUCGCGAUGUCCUGGCCAGGGAGUGGCCGGCUCUUCUUCUCUUGGGAUGAAGCUGCACUGAGGUGCGUGUGCGUGUCUCCCCUCACCAUGGCGACGGCUCUGCCGAUGUGUUACCACGGCAGCAUCAGCAUGAAGCAGUGUGAGGACCUGCUGGGGGGGAAGAACAAGGACGGAGCGUACCUGAUCCGGGACAGCGAGACCGUCCACGGGGCCAUGUGCCUCUGUGUGUAUAAACAGAGGGUGGUGUAUACGUACAGACUGCUGCAGACACACACUGGACACUACAUGCUCAUGACCGCAGGAAACGUCAAAGAGACAUUUUUCAAGACUCUGGACGACCUGAUCCACCACUUCAAGAGGAGGAACCAGGGCCUGGCCAUGCACCUGCGCCACUCCGUCAAAAGGAAGACGGCCAUGUUGAUCACGCUCCCAAGAGCUCCCCGACCCCCGCGGCCCCAGACGCCCCCCGACGAGGAGGACAACGACUACGAGAAUGUUCCCAACUCGGAUUACGUGGAAGUCUUGCCUCCCUGAACGUCUCCCUCGCAUUGAUCUUCAGACACGUGGAGAGAAGAAGUCUCAACUCUCAAUGUUCUCAUGCUGGAUUAACGUCGGAGGAGUGUAGGAGGACAUUUGGACAAAUGGACACACGAUGAAGAAGAGGACUCUCUCUCUGUGCUUUCAUGUCUGUUAAUAGAAGCGGAACCGUGGGUCGGUGGUCCGGGCUGAAGGACCGUGGUCCCCUGAGGACGAACCCUAAACCCUCCUGUUGAUGCUUUCACUUUUGAGCUUUUCAUUUUCUGCUCCGGUACCUGAAACUCAUGUCUUUGUGUAGUAGCCUACUGUAGAGCUAGCGUUAGCGUGCUGGCAUGCUAAGCUAAGGUGGUGAACGGCAUUAAACGAUGUACACAUGCUAACGUUAGCAUCAGUGUCAUCAUGUGCCGGCCUUUUCCUCUCUGCUAUUUCUGCUCGGUGUGUUUCCCGCAUGUGACCUUCAUUUUGUGUUCAGCUGAGGAACUAAAGCGCGAUAUCUUUCACGCCAGCUGUGAGGCAAACUGAAACAGGAAGUCGGCAUCCGUGCAAACAACACGUUUUUCAUAGAUUUUUCGGACAGACGGCUUCUGGUGCACUUAAAGCAUCAACAAUCAAUCCGACCCGCCCAGAUAAAACGAUUUGCGGGUUCGGAGGAAAUCCAAACUGAUUAUCACAGUUUUAGAUUUGAGGCACAAUUUGGAUUCAGUAUCUUCCUAAAAUGUUGUAUGUAUGUAAAAUAUGUCAUUUAACAGCAGGUUUUGGGGGUUUUAACAGAGGUGCAUUUGAUGAAUAUUUAGUUCUGUGAGCUUAGUUGAACUGGCUUUGUUGUUAAUUAAAGUAAAUAAAACGACGACACAAAAACGCUGGACAGA